AUGCCUUCCUUCCAAGAUACGUCUAGCGCAGCGUACAAGAAGGCGCAACGGCAACACCAAAAGACAACGAAGAAUAGAAACAAUGCAGUUGAUGUGGACUGGACACCGUUUAGGGCAGCUGAGAAGAUGUACAAGGCGCGGUUUCCCCCUCCGAGCCUCGCCAAUGUCUUGGACCUUGCUACUCUAGACAACACAAGAUCAGAGGAACUCGAAGCCGGAUUCUGGGUCGGACGCUCGGAAGCUGUUGAAUUCAGAGAAAUCAAGCUGAAGGACGCGAGGGUAGCGUAUGCGAUACCAUCGAUACCUGGUCUUGUUAUUCUUCCUUCUUUUCUGUCUCACAAGAGGCAGAAAGAUCUCAUUCGUUGGUCACUAUCCAGUCAGGCGCGACAUCCCAAUCCAACGAACCUGGACACCCACUAUUUUAUUCCGGAAGAGGGUCUUUGGAACGUAAGUGCCCACGAAGAUGUGAUAGUGCAACCACGGAACCCAGACCCUUCAUCUAUGCCUCACGAGACCUGCACUGGGCCCCGACAGCUGAUAAACAACGCCCCAGCCAGCACCGACAACUUCCAGACCAUGGUGGAAAUGCCUAAACCGCCUCCGACUCCAUCAGCAACUGCUCAGCCGCUGCCAUGCUCCCAUCUUCUGCGUAAAAUGCGGUGGGCCAAUAUUGGAUGGUACUACCACUGGGGAACCAAACAGUAUGAUUUUGCAAAGGGUAAGGCUCGGGUCGACGAUGUUUUGAGCGACGUUUGUAAAGAGGCUGUACGAAUAAUUGACUGGGAUAAAAUAUAUAAUACUUGGGAUGGUCUGGACUGGGGUGAUGAACAGCUUUCUUGGAAGUCGUGGAACGAGAAUUAUGAGCCAGACGCUGGUAUCGUGAAUUUCUACCAGACCAAAGAUACCUUGAUGGCCCACGUCGAUCGCUCUGAAGUGUGUGCUACUGCCCCGCUAGUGUCCAUAUCUCUUGGUAACGCGGCUGUAUUUCUGAUUGGAGGACCGACACGGGACACCGAACCUGUCCCGAUUCUUCUUCGGUCUGGAGAUGUUGUUAUCAUGUCUGGUCCUGCCUGUCGAAGGGCAUACCACGGUGUCCCACGUAUACUAGAUGAUACACUUCCGCCGCAUCUCGCUGAUUGUGGAGAUGAGGACUGGGCACGGUAUGCGAGCUACAUGAGUAAGACGAGGAUCAACAUAAAUGUACGACAGGUGUUUCCUCGAGAUUUUGUUCCCGCGAUAUUACUGUAA